UGACUGUUUCAGCCAUUUUACUUCGGGAGUGAUAGUUGAUAAUAAAAUUAAGUAUAUACAAAGGUUUUAGUUGUUUGCUUUCUCCACGGCCUACCGUGUCCUUAUGAUUAUAUUUUAGGUCUCUAAUGGCUUGUUUAAAUACACUAAAAUUAGAAAUUAAAACAUUAGAACGAUUUUUUCCCAAAAAUCAUGAACGAUUUCAAAUUAUGUCAGCUAGUGUUGAUGAGUUGAGUUGUAAAUUUAUUGGAAGUACAGGCAAAAAAUACGAAAUUCACGCAAACAUUACUGAAACUUAUCCAUCUACGCCACCAGUAUGGUUUGCAGAAAGUGAGGAAACUAGUGUAACAAAUGCUAUUCAAAUCUUAAGUAAUACGCAAGGACGGGACAAUCAUGUAAUUAGUCAAGUUGGCAUUCUGGUAAAAGAACUAUGUCGAUUACAUCAAGUUCCAGAGCCUCCCGAUUUAGAUGGCCUCACCCUAGGCAUGAUACCAGGCCCUGAACAUCCUGCAUCUCCUCCAGAACAUGGUAAUGGCGAGCCCAUGGAUAGUGAACUGGAAGAUGGAUUAGAUAGUGAACCAGAUUCUGAUAUGGAGGAAGAUUUACAUCUUGAAAUGGAUGAAACUGUUAGAAGCAAUAAGAAGGACGAGAUGGGGGUAGAACAUUUAGCAACAUUAGAAAGAUUACGCCAAAGCCAGCGACAAGACUAUUUGAAGGGUUCGGUGUCUGGAUCUGUACAAGCAACAGAUCGUCUCAUGAAGGAAUUACGUGAUAUUUAUAGAUCAGAUUCUUUCAAAAGUAAUAUGUAUUCAAUAGAACUGGUCAAUGAUUCAAUAUAUGAAUGGAAUAUUAGGUUAAUGUCAGUUGAUCCAGACAGUCCUCUGCAUAAUGAUUUAUUGUUACUGAAGGAAAAGGAAGGCAAAGAUUCCAUAUUGCUAAACAUUAUUUUUAAAGAGACUUAUCCUUUUGAUCCUCCAUUUGUUCGAGUUGUGCAUCCCAUAAUAUCAGGUGGGUAUGUCUUAGUUGGUGGUGCGAUAUGCAUGGAGUUGUUAACAAAACAAGGUUGGUCAAGUGCCUAUACCGUGGAGGCUGUUAUCAUGCAAAUAGCAGCAACUCUCGUGAAAGGCAAGGCACGCAUUCAGUUUGGACCGGCCAGAGUUGUAAAUCAAGGACAAUAUAGCUUGGCAAGGGCACAGCAGAGCUUCAAAUCCUUAGUGCAAAUACAUGAAAAAAAUGGUUGGUUUACACCUCCUAAAGAAGAUGGCUAAAUUAAAGUGUGUUUUUGUUUAAAAGAGACUAUUCAAAAUUAGAUUGUGUCAAAAAAGAAAGUUAAAAACAAAAGAAAAGUUAUGAAAUGGACCUUAAAUAAUAAUUACUUCAUAAAGUUAACUUUUUAGUUUAACAUAAACUUUUAAGAACUUUAAAGUGAAGUUUUCUUGCUGUUUUAUCAUGUUAUGCUACUAGUUUCCAUUUUUAAACAAACCAUGCUAUGUGUUACUAAAUUGCAAUUGAUAAAAGUGAACAUUAAUAUAAACAUCUUACGGAAAAACAAUUACUGAUGAAGUUUUGUGAAUGUGAUUCCAAUUUUCCAAGGGUGUAUGAUGUUUUAAGUGAUUCCUUGUUUAGUUCUUGGUGCCACUAUCAAAGACUCGAUUUAAACUCCCAGCUCAUGGUUACAUUAAAUAAACUGUGUUGGGAGUUUGCAUCUCAUUUCUAUGAAUUAAUUAUUUUCUAAUUGACUUAAUUAUUGAAACAAUAUUCUAAAUUAAUUAGAUUUAUUUCAAAUGUGUUUAAAAAAAUCUUAUCACCAUGUAAGUUCA